AUGGUUUACGCCUUCAUCUUGAAAACCGCCGCUAUCGUAUUGACUAUGGUUGCUUCUGCCCACGCGGAGUCGGGAAAGACCGUGAAACUUGCGCACCCGGACGGCUCCACUGCUGAGAUCUCUCUCUUUGGUGCUCAAGUGCUGUCAUUCCGUGCGUCAAUGGAUCGCAAUCUCGAUAUUUUGUUUCUGUCCAAAAGGUCUUUUAUGGAUUUCGAGCAGCCCAUUCGUGGCGGCAUCCCCAUCAUUUUUCCGAACUUUGGCAGUCGCGAGGGCUUCCCUAGCCACGGUUUCGCCCGAACGACCAACUGGACGUUGAUCAGCAGCAAGAAUUCUUAUGAAGAGAAAACCCCCAGCAUGGCCACCUUCACCAUGGAGUCGAGUGAGAAAACCCGUGCGAUAUGGCCAGUUGAUUUUAAGCUCGAAUACGAGGUGAAGCUGUAUGCCAACGAAUUGACGACAGCGCUGCAUGUGACCAACACGUUUACGCAGCAGAUCGAGUUCCACGCGCUACUGCACAACUACCUCUGGGUGGACGAUGUGCGUAACAAGGGUGCGGUAGUGUCUGGUCUUAAGGGCGUCAACUACUUCGAUAAGGUCGCCAAGGUGAACAAGACGGAGAGUCGCGAGUACAUUGAUUUUGCUGCGGAGACCGACAAUGUGUACCGAAACGCCCCUGACGAGGUGCAAAUUUUGAUUGAUGGCACCAAUACCGUGCAACGCACUGUGAGUGUCAGGAAGGAGGGGUCUAUUAGCUCUAUGGACAACCAGGAAGUGCUAAAGACCAAGACCGACCUUGUCGUGUGGAAUCCGUGGGUUGAACGUGCGAAGGCCAUGCAAGAUUUCGAUAAUGAAGAGUAUAAGAACAUGGUUGCUAUUGAGCCCGGCCGUGUGAGCGAGAUGCAACCUCUUCUCGCUGGCAAAACCUACACGUUGAAGCAGAGCAUUUCAGUUUUUACGAUGUAA